UUUUAUUAUUCUUACUUACAGUCAGGGAGUAGAAGGGGCAAAGGAAGUCCUUGCUAGCUAUUGUAAGGGAUUUCUGGAAGGCAGGCACUUGGAUGUGGACAACAACAGACAAUCACGUAUGGAAGGUGAUGUAGAGGAGAUAUUCAUCGAUAGAAAUUAUAUUUUCAAAUCUGCCUUCAGUGAGCUUAUGAGGGCUUCCGUCAAUCGUCGCCCGACACUGAAAGUGAACAUGUUUGGAGUACAGGUCGAUGACCUUGGUGGUCCCAGGAGAGAAGUACUCACCAUUCUUCAUCGCCAUUUGGGGAACACUUUUUCAAAGAUGGGACCCUUGUCUCAAACGAGACAUUCGUAACUCAAAGGAAGUUUGAGUUUGCUGGAGUUAUAUGUGGUAAGUCUGGUGAAUAAUGAGAAUCAUGUAGAAAAGUUGAGCAGGUUUGUGAUUUCCAUGACUUGAGCCAGGGUAAUGUUUUGAUUAGGACCGUCAAAUACAAACUUUUGGGAUGUCUUGGGAUCAUGCUGUCCUUAAUGGAGACAUAUCUCGAUUUAAAUACCCAGGUCAAUUUGGAUUCAAACAGUCUCUUUUAAACUGGAAGGCGCUCAUUGGUGAGUCUAUACAAUACUGCAGUGUCCAUCGUAUCCUAUUUCUAAAACAGUACACAUUGCUUAACUGCUAUUCCAAUGGACUUGAAACAAUUUCUGUCCCAUGAUCUGAUUUUCGACUCAGCCACUAAAAUGGGGCCCAAAACUUAAAUCACAAAAAGUGCCUGAACCAAUGACUUUAUCCAAAUUUCAUUUCCAUUCUUUGCUUCCAUUUCAGCCCUUUGCUUGCUCCAGGGUAGACCACCACCUAAGUUCUUUGGACAAGAUGUCGUGAAGGAAGUCACUUUGGUAGGAGCUGGAGGCUCGGCCUGUGAGAUGAAGCAAUUCAUCCAAGGCCUGGCCGGAUGUCUAUGGAAUUGUAAAGGUACAAAGUCAUCUUGUUACAAAACAAUUUCCAUGUCCUUCGCCUUGGAAAGCGCAAUGUUAGAUACGCCUUUAACCAAAAAUAUAUAAGGCGAGCUUCUUAUACAUAUUGCUUUUACUUGUAGCACCAAUAUUAUCCAUUUGCACAUUUUACAAUGAACUUAUAUUAUAAUACCAGUAUUUCUUUCUGUAAUUCUUUUCAGUUAAUGGAUGCCAAGCCCGAGGUCAGAGUUUUUUUCAACAAAGAUGUUGACAAAGUGCCAUCCCUAACCGUUCCCGGCCUUCUUCACCUGUUUGCCCCAAUUACCUACUCACCGAAUGGGUCAAAUAAGAGGGAUAAACAAGUGGCUUCAAUGAAAUUCUUCACCAAGUGGCUACGUGCAGUGGAUGCUCCAUCAGUUUCAUCAGUCAACCCACUUGAAUUAAGUACCGCUAACUUCCAGGCCACGCUCUUUAAGACUCCUACCAACAAUCAUCACACGAUUAACCACAGCACAGUGUCAGUUCCACCAUCACCAGUUUUUACCAUCAUCAUCAUCCUGCUGCUGUCUCACCAUUAUCUACCAUAGUAAGUAUCAAUGACCAAACACAUCCGAGGACAUCUUCGCAGAAGGUGCUCAGCAGACAAUAUCAGCAUGAGUAAUAGUACUACACCCUUGCCUAUGUAUGUGAGCUUUCCAAAAUUCCAUAUUCUCUCAUUUUCCCUUUUCAGUUCCAUCAUCACCAGUUUUCACCCAUUAUUCAACACCAUCAGCCACCUACUUCACUAUUAUCUACCAUAGUAAGUAUCAAUGACCUGACACAAGUCGGGACACCUUCGCAGGAUGAACUUCUCUUCCAACAAAUUAGUGCUAUCAUCUCAAACAUUGUGCCUAACCAUGACCAGUAUCAUACGAUUCAGUACAACAAGAAGCAUUCAAAACUAUUCAUCCAAUUUGCAAAAAUGUCCUCCGAGCCUGCCAUUUUAAUCUACUAUUAUGUGCUUUUACCACACACUAGCCUAGCUUUACACAAUAGCCUCUUUCCUUUACAGAUGACUUCACACGCAGCACAGGCCGUUUUAAACCAACUGAAGGACUUGGAGGAAAUGACAAAUGAGAAGUUGUCCUAUGCCCAGGUAAUUCUGCUCGAAAAAAAAGAACCAUUGGCAGCUGCUAAAAUUGCCGCUGCACGCCACACCCUGACCAAUCGUAUACAGACUGUCACUGCUAAAGCAGUACACCUCAAGUGCUUGAUUACCAACCAGCCUAAACCAGUAACAAUUUCAAAACUAAGUCCAAAUAAACGCCCAGCACUGACUCUACCGCCAACAACGCCAUCCCCCAAGAAAGUCCCUCUUCAACUGAAAGCGUCGACACCAUCAAAAGUUACUGUCGAGUCAUCCACUAAAGAGAAAACCCCUCCUGCCACUGACAACCUAUUCGAUGACGCCUUGGAUGAUUCAACGCUGUCACAGAUCAGCAUGGACAGCUCAGAAACAGAUUUUCCCCUAACAGCCACACAACCCGAAGAUGACUCGGCUGAUGAUGAUAAGACAAAGUUAAAAUCCCUCUUGGAGUAGAAAGCAAGGGUGUACAUUGAUUGCACCCCAACAGUGUUACUCUGAACACUUACUGACUGCUGCUGAUCAAAUACUGCUGAUUAUAUUGCCAGUGCUUCAUGUUAACAGGUCGUCACUGUGCCAACAACAAUCCUCCUGGACUUUUAACCUUUCGUACUAGGCUUACCUUCUCCACGACUCAUCUGCUGUACAGACAAUCACUAUUUUGUAUAAAAAUAAGUAAAUAAACAUUGUUUUAGUCAACAUAAUUAGUAUUUAUGGGCCCCAGACCACACAGUCUGGGGACCAUAUUGAUAUUGCUGGAAUUCUGCAUUCUAUCUGUUACCAAACUUUAGUGUGAGUGUUCUCUGAAACAGCUGAACAAACCAAAAAUCUUUCACCCCAAACCCACCAAGCAUACCCCCAUCCAAGGGACGUCACUAAAGACUUUUCAAAAUUUCGGCUCAUUUUGAUGUUAUUGACGCUUUUAUGUGCUGUUUUGGUGCCGAUUCUCCCCAGCCAUUCUCACUAUCCAAACAAAAUGCUUUUCCUCACAAAGGGCCGAGUGUCUCCGAGCAUUACUGAUGACCUACGAAGAUGACGUCAAUGCUUAUUAUUAUGCUAAUCACUCGCGGUCGCUGAUUGGGUGAAAAUUGUUCGUCCCAGAGAAGAGUUCUCCAGCCUGAAGCUUGACCCUCCUUGUGAGGUCCAAAGCGAUCACGUUUCUUUCCGAGAUCUGGCGAGAUCUUAUUUCUUUGGGUAAAUAAAGCUGUAUAAUCGUAUGUUAAGAUGAAUUAUGAAAAUAAAUGUAUUUUAUAACAUGUAAUAGCGUGUGUUCCUCAUUUUAUUCAUCCUUUCGAUGUCCUGUUUAUAAAAAGUCAGAGCCGCACCAGGAUGGAGGUACGCUAGAGGGAGGUACUCCUCCAGCGGUGAGGAUAGCGCAUGCCCAGUUCGAACCACGUGGAUUACAAACACUGGCAUUCAUUGACUUCGUGCAACUCCCACAUCCAUUGACAAUAGUCAAGUUUCAACAUCGGUGCACAAUAUUUCUUCAGGAAGAGUUCAUUGACGUCGUGCAACUCCCACAUCCAUUGACAAUAGUCAAGUUUCAACAUCGGUGCACAAUAUUUCUUCAGGAAGAGAUUGAAAAUGGACAUCAAAAAACUUAUGAAAGCCGGCGGCCAUGGCACCAUCGUAAAGGCUCCCCUCAGAUUUAAGCUAGUAACCAUUGGCAACAAGAAAACGUUCGAAAACAAACAAGGCAACAACACAGAAAUGUGGCCAGUCGCCAUUGUGGACAGGGAAGCCUGUACUAAACUGUACAUUUACGACAAGCAUCUCUUGGCCAAACUUAAACCUGCUCAUCACUAUCUAAUGACGUCUUAUACGCCUAAACAUACCACGCAUAUCACAACGAAUAGUACCACGAAGAUCUUUCCAACGGCGGAUUUCUUCGUACCAGCACCCCUCCAGGAGGAAGCCAGGGAACUUGUGGAUCCGAAACCGGUUCCUACUACGUCCAUUUCAAAUGCAGCAUCUUCGCCAAUCAAAUCUAGGGUGACUGUUUCAGGGACCAUCAUUCAGCUUGAUGCCUCCAGAAACGUAACUUUAAAGAAUUCACCACAGAAAGUGAAGAUCCAAGAUUUGCAACUCCGUGACAGUACAGGACAGAUCAAAUGCUCGCUCUGGCGAGAUUGUGCUGAAAAUGACCUCAAGGCUGGUGAUUACAUACAAAUGCAUGUAAACUCGUUCCAAUCUCAGGCAAACUUGAAUUCCACUGAUGCUACUGCCAUCAAGCACAUUGAAGAGCCUCCAGUAAACUUGGAAAUAGAAAUUAUUGCAAUAGACAAUGCAGAACUAGAACAUGAACUUUCGAUGCUGGUACAGCAAAAUGAAGAAAUAACAAGCAUGAUGGUACCUAAGGAACUCUUCCUCAACACUCUACAUUGCGCAACCAUCGACGAAGCCCAUGACCACCUCCCAGCCGUCGCACAGGUCACUACAAAGAACAACAACGUCACAGCUUUAAGCCUUCAAUAAUCCGUUCUGGCAAACAGCCAUAUUUUUGUAUUCUUGCAAAUCAAAACUUGUAAAUAGGUGCUUCCACGAAAUCGGACACUUCUACGAAAUGAAA